CGGCCGCACUCCAAAUAAACCCUAAACCCUGGGAGCCGCGGCUCCAGGUAAAGCCACCGCAACCCAGCAUCAACUUGCUCCCCAAGAAGAAUCGAGCGCAAGACCUUCUCGCGCGGCCAUCCAUGGCGAAGCGUCUGAUCCCGUCGCUGAACCGGGUGCUGGUGGAGAAGCUGCUGCAGCCCAAGAAGAGCGUCGGCGGCAUCCUCCUCCCGGAGACCACCAAGCAGCUGAAUGCUGCUAAUGUCAUUGCUGUUGGCCCUGGUGAUCGUGAUAGGGAUGGUAAGCUGAUCCCUGUAUCUCUGAAUGAAGGCGACACUGUUCUGCUUCCGGAGUAUGGUGGAACAGAAGUGAAGCUUGCUGAAAAAGAGUACCUUCUUUUCAGAGAGCACGACAUACUGGGAAAGCUUGAGGAGUAGCUCUGGAUCGUCAAAACGUCAACUCUCAAGGCUGGAGUUGUUUGAAAGUAGGGAUGCAGGAGUGUAGCCACGAGUUCUCUUUUUUUGCGUAUGGGGCGGACAUGCGAGAACCCGACCCUUGUGAGAAUUCGAUGACAUUGCCUCAUUCUGGACAUAAUCAUUUAAUAAAUAUUUAAACUGAUACAACUGCAUGUUUGAUGCUUCA